CUAGUACUUAAUAGGAUGCAGAUUCUCAUUCCCCCACAAGCUCCACCAACGAUUGCCACUGUCAUUAUGAAGGUCCUCGCCUGUCUCGUUAUAGCUUUCUACGCUACUGGGAGUGGCGCCACUACGUUGCCGAAGAAGAUACAGUUUGGGACAUACGUGGUGUAUGAAACCAGCUUCAGAGAGAGGAGCACGACUGGCAUAGCAUUGUACACGAAACUUCUCUUCAAUUCGAUCAAUGCGAGAUUACCAUUCGCCGUCAACGAAACGCAGAUUGAACUGGUGUUGGUCGGGAUGAAAGAAGUUUCGAAUAACACCGUCGCUGGAGUGCCGAAUACAUUCGGCAACAUGCACAUAUCUAUCAUGGAGGAACCGCUGCAUUUGUAUCUGAAGAAAGAGUUUGAUCAGGACAUACAGAAUGCUGAUAUUGUGCUGUACUUCAGCGGGGCAACUUUCGGUUUAUACAUCCCAGGAAAAGAGAGUUACAACGGUUGGAGCGCAAGCGGCACAAUUUGCACACCCAACAAGGGAGUGGCGUUUGGCGUGCAUGAUCCGAACUUUAGCGGCAUGGAAAGUAUCAUGUUCGGCAUUCUCAGACUCCUUGGAAGUGGUGAGACUGGCGGGGUAGCAGCAAAUCUGAAGACCAAGUGCAUGAGUUGUUUGACGAAGAAGCCGGUUGGUGUGUGCAGCAACGUGACCGAGCUUCCAGGAGAAGUCCUGAACGGAACCGCCUAUUGCAGAGGGUAUACACACAACGACGAUGCGCCCUCAUUCUGCCAGACUUUUGGCGACGGGUGCGGCCUAACUUGUUGUUGGGAGGAGGCAAGCAUAUCGUCUUCAGCGCCAGAUGGCUUCGGAUGCGGGAAGAAAAAGAAGAUCUGCUUCAUGGGCAAGUGUGUACCACGCAGUUUUCUCAACAGGAAGUGCUCAACCAAGAAGCCCAAAAAGCCAUAAUUCCUACGCUGCACCAGCCAAUAAAGAUGCAUGCCACCCGCAA